AGUGGGACGGGUCUGCCCUCCUCCUCGCCUCUCCACCAGCAGCAGCCGUAGUCUCCUGUGCGUGUGUGUAUGAUUGACCGAGAGAGCCGCCUGAAUCACAUCCAUAAACCUCGCUUUUGGCUCUCGCCCUGCUGAACGGACACACUCUGGGAAAAUGCCGGGUUAAGUGAAGACGUGGGGGGACCAGCCGGACGGACCACGUCGCUCGGCGUCUUGUGUUUUCGUCUGUGAACGGGGAUACGCGAUCACCCACAGAUAUGUCGGGCAACAUAGAGAACAAGCAAGAGGGGCCUCGGUCUCACCUCAACUCCCUCAAGAUGUCCACCAUGAAGCUCAUGGACAAGUUCCACACGCCCAAGAUCAAGAGGACGCCCUCCACCAAGGGCAAGCCUCCCUCCCCAGAGCCCCCGGCGCCUGCCCCUGAGAAGCCCGUCAACAAGAAGGUGUCUCGUCUGGAGGAGCAGGAGAAGGACGUGGUGUCUGCUCUGCGCUACUUCAAGGCCAUCGUGGACAAGAUGGCGGUGGACGCCAAAGUCCUGGAGAUGCUCCCCGGCUCGGCCAGCAAAGUAUUGGAGGCCAUCCUGCCCUUGGUACAGGGAGACACCCACAACAGCUCUGCGCUGUCGUCGUGCCACAACCGCGUGUAUCAGAGCCUGGCCAACCUGGUGCGCUGGUCGGACGACGUCAUGCUGAAGGGCAUCGACCUGAGUGACAAGGAGACCGUGGCGACGGUCACCGCGGUGAUUAAAGCCGUCCUGGACGGCGUGAAGGAGCUUGUAAAACUCACCAUUGAGAAACAGGAACAGCCUUCACCCACAUCGCCAAAACCUGCACCCCCAGUGACCAAAGCAGAGAAUGUGAGCAGUGUGGCGCUGCCAGAGAGGGACAUGGCACUGGGCAAGACCACACCUGCCCCCUCCUCCUCCUCCUCCACCACCUCCACCUCCACCUCCCAGAGUCUGACGGACAUGUCAGAGAUGGAGGCUCCGCCCAAGCCCCCUCUCCCAGCACCUAAGCUUGCUGAACACAGGGCCAGAAUGCAGAUGGCCUCACAGCUGUGCGUCGCUAGGCAACGGAGAGCCCCUCAGACGGAAAACGCCCCCAUUCUCCCGGCUAAAAAGCGCCAGUCGGUGCCCGCUCCCAUGCGCAUCGCCGUGGUGGCCCCCAUGAGCCGGGCGGCCAGCGGCAGGAGUCUCCCGCCCGGAGCCUUCAAACAGUUACAACAGCAGGACUCGGAGGCAGAGCUUCUGCAGCGGCGACUCUCGGCAGACAGCCAAUCAUACAGCAGCGAUUCCCCCGCCUGCCUGUCGUCCUGUGGCAUCAUGGCCAAGCUCAGCCAAUCAGACGAGCAGCUGUCGGCAAUGGAGCGGGACAGCGGGCAAUGCUCCCGGAACACCAGCUGUGAAACCCUCGACGGCUACGACCCAGACUAUGACUUCCUGCAUCAGGACCUGUCUGUGCUGGAGUCCCUGCCUCCCUUCCCCGUACCGGCCCCAGUCCCCGGCACCCUCAGCCCCUUACCCGAGUGUCUUAGUGAGUCCGGCUCCCCGUCCCCCUCCCCUCCACACCAAUACCAGCACGACGGGCCCCCUCCUCUGCCCCCGUUCCGCUUGGUGGACGGCUCUCUCCCCCCGGCCCUGCCCCAGAAGAAGCGGCGGAGCGUCCCCGUCAUCUCCACGCAGGGUCUGCACCUGCCGCCGUACCCCCAGAUGUUCCACAGCCAGUCGGAGGAGUGGGACGUGUCGGAGAGGCCGCCCUCGCCCACGCCGCCCUUCCCCCUGCUCACGCCCCUCUCGCCCAUGCCCCUGCUCAACGGCAGCGGCGUCUUCACCAGCCAGUACGCCCACACGCCGGGGGGACCGCCGCACCUCGACAGCCCCCCGCCGCUGCCCGAGAAGAAGAACCGCACAAUCAUGCAGUACAUGCAGUUUGUGGAGGACUACUCGGAGCCGCAGCCCUCGCUCUUCUACCGCACGCCGCAGAGCAGCGACGCCAUCUACGAGAACCGGCUGCGGCGCCUGCAGGAGGUGUGCGGCCUGAGCGAGGGCUACAACUCCUCCCCCACCGGGGAGACCACGCCCUCGCCCACGCCCGCCCCGGACAACGCCGCCCGCGGACCCCCGCCCGCACUGCCCCCCAAGCAGAGGCAAAUGAGUGAAAGUGCCAUUGAUGAGGGAGGAGAGGGGGAGUAUGUCAACCUUUACUCCAAUGGCAAUGACACGCCACACUCGCCUUCCGAGAGCCUGGCAGAAGACCCGCUCCAAAGUGCCACCACCAGAUUGUCCUCAUCAAGUGGCAGAGGGAUACUGACCAAAGACAGGGCUGUGGACCUGGAAGAUGUAGAUGAGCUCUCCCUCAUCGACCACAAGGAUAUCAUGAGCCUCAUCACACGCAAACAAGAGAAUGACGAUGGCCCUGACGUGAGGGCUGGCUCUGUUGACAUCCUGUUAGUCCAUGCCACAGAGACAGACCGCAAAGAUCUGGUUUUGUACUGUGAGGCGUUUCUGACCACGUACAGAACCUUCAUCAGCCCAGAAGAACUCAUCAAGAAGCUACACUACAGGUAUACCCGUUUCUGCCACAGUCCAGACACCUUCAAGAGGCGUGUCAGUAAGAACACGUUCUUCGUUUUGGUGCGCGUCGUAGAUGAGCUGUGUCAUGUGGAGUUGACGGAGGACAUCCUGUGUCAGCUGAUGGAGCUGGUGUUCCAGCUGCUGUGUAACGGGGAGCUGAGUCUGGCCCGCGUGCUGCGCUCCAACAUCCUGGACAAGGUGGACCAGAAGAGGCUGCAGAGGCACAUCCACACGCACGCCCCGCUGGCCGCACGCGGAGUCUCCGCCAGGCCGGGCACUCUCCAUGAUUUCCGAAGUCAUGAGGUUGCUGAUCAGCUGACACUUCUGGAUGCAGAGCUAUUCUAUAAGAUUGAGAUCCCCGAGGUUCUUCUGUGGGCAAAGGAGCAGAAUGAGGAGAAGAGCCCAAAUCUGACCCAGUUCACAGAGCACUUCAACAACAUGAGCUACUGGGUGCGCUCCAUCAUUAUACAGCAGGAGAGAGCCCAGGACAGGGAGAAACUGCUGCUCAAGUUCAUCAAGAUCAUGAAGCACUUACGGAAGCUGAACAACUUCAACUCGUACCUGGCCAUCCUGUCGGCUCUGGACUCGGCACCAAUCAGACGUCUUGAAUGGCAGAAGCAGACUUCAGAGGGAUUGGAGGAGUACUGCACGUUGAUUGACAGCUCUUCCUCGUUCAGAGCUUAUCGUGCCGCUCUUGCAGAAGUAGAGCCUCCCUGCAUUCCGUACCUUGGGCUGAUUCUCCAGGAUCUGACCUUUGUCCACCUGGGCAACCCAGACAUGAUGGAGGGGAAAGUCAACUUCUCCAAGCGCUGGCAGCAGUUCAACAUUCUGGACAGCAUGAGACGCUUCCAGCAAGUCCAUUACGAGCUGAGGAGGAACGAUGACAUCAUCUGCUUCUUCAACGACUUCACGGACCACCUGGCGGAGGAGGCGCUAUGGGAGCUCUCGCUCAAGAUCAAGCCACGCAGCAAGAAGGUCACACGCGACCCCGACAAGACCUGAACCCUCACACGACUGGAGCCCUAAGGGGCCGACACACACACACACACACACACACACACACACACACACACACACACACACACACACACACACACACACACACACACACACACACACACACACACACACACACACACACACACACACACACACAGACUACUGAGACAGAGACUCUUUUGAAAAGAGACAAGACUUGUUUCAUAAAGGGACUUUAUAAGGAGAAUGUUUCUCCUCUAUUUGACAGGAGAGACGCUGGAACCUUUCCUACAUUGCAGAGAUUUUACAAAUGUUAAUUUACAAAUCUAUACUUUAAAACUCAUCUUUCCUCUCUAUCUAUCUAUCUAUCUAUCUAUCUAUCUAUCUAUCUAUCUAUCUAUCUAUCUAUCUAUCUAUCUAUCUAUCUAUCUAUCUAUCUAUCUAUCUAUCAUACACACAGACAUAUACUAUAUAUAUGGUUAUAGCAAUGUGUGUAUGUGUUUUUACUUUGCUAAUUAUUCUGGGACAACACUGUGACUGCAGCUAUGCUCUCACAUUCAGACUGGAACCUGGAGUAGACUGGAACUGUUUUUAAAAAAAGGAUGUGUGUGUGAAAGUGUGCGUGUGUGUGAAUGGAUGUGUGCGUGAGCAGGUGUGAGCACAAUAGCAUGAGUGAAAUACACUUAUGUGAAGGUCUACGUACUGUGUGGGAUUUCAGACCGUUUUGAACCUGGGGAAAAAUUGUAUAUUUUGGAUUUUGUGUGAUAUUGCCACUCACUGUAGAAUGACAAGAGUCUUAAUUUCUCUCAGACAUGAAAUAUGCACUCACAUGUUUGAAGAAUUAGCGGGUUAUGCCUGUACAGAUCACAUGCCAGCAUUAUGCCUCUGAGUGAGUGAAUGUGUGUGUGUGUGUGUGCGUGUGUAAGAGAACAAGAGAGAAUAGGUGUGUGAGUGAGUGAGAGAAAGUGUGUAUGUUUUAGGGGCAUCAUCUAAUCUGAUAUAACAGCCACGUUCACUGUGCUCUUUCAGAAAUAAAACACUCCGCUCUUU